AUUGAGCUAAAAUUUAGAGCAAUUUAUUUCAUUGUGAGGCCAAAAAAAAAAAUUGGUGUCCUUCACAUUAAAUAUGGCUUCUGCACCUUUAAAUGAUCUAUGGAUUGCAGCCCUCACUGUUUCAAUUGUGUUCCUUACAAUUCUUUGGUACAAAUUGAACAAGGUGGAAUCCAACUUGCCACCAGGGCCUCGUGGCCUUCCGAUUGUGGGAUUCUUACCAUUCCUCCGCGCCAAUUUGCAUCACCAGCUCACAGAGUUGUCUCAACAGUAUGGUCCAAUAUACAAGUUUUGGCUAGGAGGAAAACUAUGUGUUGUGUUGAAUUCACCAUCCUUAGCCAAAGAAGUUGUUCGCGAUCAAGACUCCAUUUUUGCCAACCGUGACCCUCCAAUUGCAGGAUUAGUGGCCACAUAUGGUGGACUAGAUAUUGGAUUUUCUCCCUAUGGCUCCUACUGGCGUGAUAUGCGCAAACUGUUUGUAAGGGAGAUGCUAAGCAACAGGAACCUUGAAUCCUGUUAUAGCCUUCGGAGACAGGAGGUCAGAAAGACAAUCAAAAAUGUGCAUACCAAGAUUGGCAGCCUCACUGAUAUUGGUGAAUUAGCCUUUGUAACUGAAAUGAAUGUAAUUAUGAGUAUGAUCUUUGGCAGCAAUUUUGUAGAGGAGAUGGAGAAGCAUGGAACUGAAUUUAGGGAAUUAGUGAUAAAAUAUCCUCAAAUACUGGGAAGGCCAAACAUAUCAGACUUCUUCCCCAUGCUUGCGAGGUUUGAUUUACAAGGAAUACAGAAAGACGCGGAGGCUCUUUUGAAGUCGGUUGAAAGUAUAUUGGACCCUGCCAUAAAUGAACACUUGAAGAUGCUUUCAGACAGAAGAGAAGGUGAAAUCCAGGGGAAUGAGAAGAAAGACUUUAUACAGAUCCUGUUAGAGCUGAUGGAGCAGAAAGACAUUGGUAUAUCACUAGACUUGGUGAAAAUAAAGGCUAUCUUGGUGGACAUUGUUAUAGGUGGGACUGACUCUACAAUCACAACGAUCGAGUGGGUAAUGACAGAGCUUCUGAAUAAUCCAGAGACAAUGUCAAAGGUGCAGCAGGAAUUGAAACAUGUAGUAGGGAUGAACAACAUUGUUGAAGAAUCCCACUUACCAGAGCUGCACUAUCUUGAUGCAGUUAUAAAGGAGACGUUACGUUUACACCCUGCAUUACCAUUGCUUAUCCCAAAGCGCCCAAGCCAAUCUGCAAUAGUAGGUGGAUACACAAUACCUGAAGGAACUAAAGUAUUCUUAAAUGUUUAUGCAAUUCAUAGGGAUCCUCAUGCGUGGGAAAGUCCACUAGAAUUCCAGCCUGAAAGGUUCUUGAAUCGCUCGACAAAUUUAGACUAUGCUGGAAAUAACAUGAAGUACCUUCCAUUUGGUUCAGGGAGAAGAAUUUGUGCUGGACUUCCCUUAGCAGAGAAAAUGAUCAUGUUUAUGUUAGCUUCAUUGUUGCAUUCCUUUGAUUGGAAACUCCCUGAGGGCGAAAACGUUGAUCUUUCAGAGGGAUUUGGACUUGUCAUCAAGAAAAGUAAGAGGCUAUUUGCUAUCCCUACUCCCAAGUUACCAAAUUUAGAUCUAUAUCAGUAAAAUCAAGAAACUACAAGGGGAGUAGCAUGAGUGUAUUUAGUAUACAAUGUAUUAUUUAAAAUAAAAUGAUAGUACAUAUGUGAACUUUUAUAUUUCAUUCAUGAAAAUUACAGACUAAGGUACCCGAAAAAUC